CACAAUAGUGAGGAGGGUCGUGCGUUGCACGCGGCUGGGGCUAAAUGGAUUCUGGCCUUAGAUUCCCUGCACCAUUUCCUUGCACACGUUCGGGCUCUUUCUCGCCCGGAGACUGUUUCCGGCGAACUGCGUACGGGGUGACACCUCAUCCAGCGCUUACUACGCGGGCUUUUUAUGCUUCCGCGUUUGCGGUUUCUCAGUUGGUUCUGUCCCGCAACGGAGUCCCGAAAUGCCAGUUAAAAGAUCACUGAAACUGGAUGAUCGGUUUGAAAAAAACUCAUCUAGUCCUUCAAAAAUCGUGAGGAAGAAAAGUAUUACAGCUUAUUCUCCUACUACUGGAACUUAUCAAUUGAGCCCAUUUUCUUCUCCCACAACCCCCAAAGAACAGGAGCACAGAAACGGACCAUCAAAUGAAACAAGAAAACGGAGUAACUUGAGCUCACCUGUAAGACAGGAGUCCACAGUGAAAGACAGUGAUGGAUUCAUGGUGUUGCUAUCUAAAAUUGAGAUAUCAUCAGAGAAAACCAUGGAGAUACUGAAAAAUCUAAGUAGUAUACAGGCUUUGGAAGGCAACAGACAACUUGAAGAUCUCAUUGGCGUUUCCCUAGUACCAAGCUCCUUAAAAAGAGAAGCAAGGAAAACCAAAGAACUAAUGACUAAAGUAAUAAAACAAAAGUUGUUUGAAAAGAAAAAAUCAAGAAUUACUCCCAAAGAUCAUCAUCUUGACAGCUUUGAAUUCCUUAAAGCCAUUUUGAACUGAGUGGUACCUUCAAGUCUGACAACUGUGUCAGCCUACCUGAAUACUAGUCAAGCCACAAGAAUGCAGACCAGCCUGAAUAAAGAGUCAGUGAAAGACUGUCACAUUAGCAACCCUUCUUAAAAGACAGGUAGACGAUAUGCUGAGUAUUCUAAAUAGGAAAAAAUAAAGGCAUCCACUGUGUGCUGCCUUUGUGUGCAAAAA